AUGUAUGUGCUGAAUUGCUUCUCCAUCCACCUGCUGCUCCUCUUCUCCUCUCUAUCUGAAGUGGGUGAGUACAAACAAUCAUAAUCCAAAUGAGAUUUUAUUGCUUUUUAACAGUAAAAGAAAGUGGACAUUGCGAUUGGCUGCACUGAGUCGCAUUAACAGAAAUCCCAUGCAGGCUUGUUUACAAAUUCGAACACUGGAAUGUGAGAUGUAAUCUACAGCUCGAUUAGGAUGAUAGAAAUCCUCAUUAUUUCGUUUUAUGAUUUUUCACUUUGAGCGUAAUUAUUUCGAUAGCUUUCUCGUUCUGAACUUCUAACGCGAGUGGGGCAGGUGUGCCUUCUUGACAAUGAUCUGACUGAAUCUAGACCUAAGUGUUUUACAAUUGUCCCAUAUUCUUGCAAUGAAAUACAGAUUUGUAUGGCAAGUUAUAAACUAGUAAUUUACACAGUAUAAGACAAGGAUAGGCAAUAAUUCUGUCUCGAAAGCCACAUAGGGAUUUUGAAAUUCAAUGGAGGGCAGCACAAAUUAUUUUUUUGAACGAUUUGUUCGUUUAUAUCAAUUUGCAGCCAAUAAAAGGGUCAGUUAUUUCCAUUGUCAUUGCUAUAUCCUUCUUUUUUAAUGGGCUGGCGGACCAGAUAUAUCCAUACAAUUAUAUUUCUGAAGUGUGCAGAACUCUUCAAAUCCAAACAUCACUUUUACAUGUCCCUUUUCUGUUAUUAUAGUUGAUUCCUCAGAUGAAGAUUUUGCACACGAUGAUGCUUGGUGUGGGUUUAGAUCCAGAGACUUACAUGAUAUGGAGUAUAUUAUAGAGCAUCAUUUUAACAAGAUCAUGGUGGCUCAGUACAACAGCACCACAGAGAGGUGGACAGGAUACACAGCAUGGGGAGUGAUAUCUGCAGAAAAGUGGAAUGAGGACCCAGAUGAGAUCCCCAGGAGGAGAACAGAUAUGGAGGUGUUAUGCAAGCCAUAUGCUAAUCGGAUCUACAACACAACAGAUAUGUAUAUGGGUGAUUAUAACAAUUCACUAACAACUGGAAGUUAUCCCUCACUUGAUUUGUUUUAUGUCUAUAGCAUAUGCUCUGUAGGACUUGAUAACAUGUCACAUUAUUUUCUCAAUGAUAUUGUAUUACAACAAAACGUAGACCAUGGAGUAAUAGGUCAGUUGUAAUAAUCUAGUAAGGUAUAGUAUUUCAAAGCCAUAUUCUUCUAAAUAGAGGAGUUGUUGGAAUGAACAAUGAACAACUGGAAAUCUUACUGACUGUGGCUUUAACUGCUAGUGCUCAGAAGGGACAGACUAAGGGGACUUUUCUGACUUGCAUCCCAUUGACAGCCCGACUAGCCAAAAUGUUAAACUUACCCUUUACCAACCAAACCCUUAACCUAAUUUGAACAAAUUCGGAAAUUCAACAUUGGAGUGCUGGUCUCAAGCACAUUCCCUUAGUUUUUUCCACCAUUUUAGGCUACAGAUUUCUGUAGCAAGCACUCAACAUUUCUGCUCGAAACCUUAUUUUUCCAGUUAUAACGUAUCAUCAUUGAUUCACUGACCUCCUUCUCUAGUGGAGCCCAACGUCACACUGAGGCUAGAGGGGCCGUCCAGCGACUCCAGCCUUGUGUGUAGCGUCCACUUCUUCUACCCCAAACACAUCAGAGUGACGUGGCUGAGGAACGGCCAGGAAGUGACCUCAGAUGUGACCUCCACUGACGUAAUGGCCAAUGGACACUGGAGCUACCAGAUACAGUCCUAUUUGAAGUACACACCCACAAUUGGAGAGAGAAUCACCUGUAUGGUGGAGCACAUCAGCCAGACUGAGCCCAAAUUUUAUGACUGGGGUAAGGGUAUGUGUGGAGUAAGAGUGUGUGAGUGGAGUAAUUGUAUAAGUGAGAACGGCUUCACCCGACUCCCCAACAGGACUGCAGAACAGUGGCUAUUUCAUCUUAGGGCUCACUAAUAUAAACAUGGGGACAAGGAAAGUCAACUCUUAACUCAUCAGCUGAAGAGUAGAACAGUCACAACUCGUCUCUGAAAUGUUCACCAGUUUGUGUCGUAUAGCCCAAUGUCUCUGUUGAAUAGGGAGAUUAAAAUACUAUUUUUCUUUGCAUGUGGUUUGGAGGCCAUGAUCUUUGUUAAAUGUAUAAUUGCAGACCCCUCCUUGCCUAAGUCUGAGAAGAAUAAGAUAGUGAUCGGGGCCUGUGGGCUGCUGCUGGGAGUGGUCUUUGUAGCAGCUGGACUGACCUACAGGAUGACAUCUACUGGUGAGGAACCACAAGCCUCAUGA